UCGCCUCGUCUUGCUACCUGACUACCACCAGCAACCAUGUCCGUCCUUACUCGCCAUCCGCGCUAUUGCUUGCUGCUUAUAUGUGUCCUUCUUGGCGCAUUCUUUAUGCUCUCGACGCCGUCCUUCCCAGCAGGCUCUUUGCGGCCUGGAUCGUCGAUAAGCAAGGUCUUGGCUGACGAAGACAGGUUAUAUGACGAAGCAUUGAAGGCAAGACAAGAGUUGGUAGAAAAAUGGGGUCCUACGGACGAGGACGUAGCUUCCUUUCCUGAACCCCAGACUGGUUACUUCUACACUCUUUGGGACUUUUUUCUCCCAGUAUUCCGCUGCCCACACCUCGUUCAGCGUGUCGGCACUCUUGGCGACGGCGGCAAGUGGGUUUGCGGCCUAGACCGCAUUGCACGCCAGAGCAAACCCUGCACAAUCUACUCGUUCGGCAUCAACGGCGAGUCUUCCUUCGAGGCUGCGCUCCUCGAGGCUGCGCCGCACUGCGAGGUGUGGGGCUACGACUUCAGCGUGACGAGCUUCGGCCCCGAGAUCGCCAACGUCUCUGCGCUCGACGCUCGAGGACACUUCUUCUCGUACGCCCUCAGCGGCGACGAUGCGCCGCACGCAACCCCGCCGCGCUUCACACUCCAGAGCCUCAUGCAGCAGAACGGCCACGACUUCAUCGACAUCCUCAAGGUCGACAUUGAAAGCUGGGAGUUCGAGUCGCUCGAUGCCUUCGUCGACGCGUUCAUCCCUUCGCCGUCCUACGAGGCCCAUCACCCACAUGCGGCCCCUGCCGAGCUGCCUGUGCUCCCCGUCGGCCAGCUCCAGCUCGAGAUACACGCCUGGGGCCAGAACGGCGAGUUCAAGCGGUUCCGCAAAUGGUGGGAGCGCCUCGAGAACGCGGGCCUCCGUCCUUUCUGGACCGAGCCCAACCUCGUUUACAUCAACCUCGUCCGCGGCUCGAAGCCAGAUCUUGCCGAGUAUUCAUUUAUGAAUAUCCGUGGAAACCAUGCUCUCGUUUCGGAUCGCUACUGAUCUCCUGCUUUUGCUGCAUCCGGCACUGGCUGCCACUAGUUCAUUCUCUCCUAGCUCCUUGGUUUAAACCGGACAGUCACCUCCUUUCUUUGUAAAGCAAUUGCAUCUAUAAGAUAUCUAUUUCAGCGUAAUUCAAACUCGUUACCCACC